AUGCGUCUCUUCACGAUCGUCACGACCGUUUUUGCUGUCUACGUUGCUGCUGCGGCUGCUGCAUCUGGCUCUCAGACUGGCAUCGUGAACAUAAUGGAAGCCCACCAAGGCGAGUGUGGCACUAACGGAAUUGCCGGCGGACACUGCGGAGAAGUAUUCGAUCAGCGCGACUGCACUGGCUCCCGUGUCAACCUCAUUCAGCCCGAUUGCUCCCAAGCUUGCAACAAGGUCACUGACAAACGUGUCGCUAGCCUCAGAGUCUCUGGCGACGGGAAUGCCGCUAGCACGGUGACUUGCUACAUGUACUCCGACGAGGGCUGCAAUGCCGAGGUUCGCAGGUCUAAUCCCGUAUCUCAGUCUUGGCAGAGACAAUGCUUGAACGUCGAGGGUCAGACUGUCAGGAGUUGGAAGUGUCUCAAGGGAUGUUGA